AUGCCCUGCCAUGACCCGAUUUCUUUUUAUUCCGCGUCAAACGAUGUGGAUGACCUUGAUUUCACAACCCCCACUGGUGCCAUUACCGCAAUUCAUGGACCCAGUGCUUCUAGUAAAAGCACCUACCAUUGCCUCUAUGCUGGACUUACGCAGCAGCAGAAAAACAGAGUUAAAACACAUGCCAACAUCGCUCUAAUGAGGCAAGAACAAGCCAUCCUUUUUGGAAGCAUUAGAGAUACUCUUCCCAUGGUGCACCAGUGUAAGUUGACCCGCGAAGAAAGAGGAACAGCGCGCGGCGAUUUUUUUACCGUCAUACAACACAGCUGCUGUGGCAUGUACAUCAGGAACCCCUACCAGACGCCUAUUUAA